AUCAAGCCAGUGACCACAUCAGCUUGCACCGCUCCGCCGGCUGAGAUACUGCUGGCUCAUCCAUCGCUAGCUUUUAAUAUAAUCCCACUCAGCGAAUCGAUUGCCUGAACGGUUUUAGAGGCCGCUGUUACAUUUUGUUGUGUUUUUGUUCUUCCCGUUGACAAUGGCUGAUCCUAAAUACGCAAAUUUACCAGGAAUUGCUUUUAACGAACCAGACGUGUACGAGACUGGCGACCUUCCAGAGGACGACCAGGCUCAGUUUGAAUCGGAGGAGCUUUGCAGUGACAGCGUAGAGAGGAUUGUGGUCAACCCUAAUGCAGCCUAUGACAAAUUCAAAGACAAACACAUCAGCACCAAAGGACUUGACUUCUCAGAUAGAAUCAGUAGAAGCAGAAGAGUGGGUUAUGAGUCGGGAGAGUUUGAAAUCCUCGGUGAGGGCAGCGGUGUGAAGGAAACACCCCAGCAAAAGUAUCAGCGCCUGGUUAACGAGAUCCAGGAACUCGUUCAGGAGGUGGACACCAUCCAGGCUACUGCAAAGGAAAGUAAUGCAGAGGAGCGCCUCACCCCGGUGGUUCUUGCUCAGCAGGCAGCGCAGCUGAAGCAGCAGCUGGUUUCUGCCCAUCUUGAUUCGCUGCUGGGACCGCAGGCACACAUCAACCUGGCCGAUCCAGAUGGAGCGCUUGCCAGGCGUCUGCUCACCCAGCUGGAGGCGGCGAAGGGCAGUCGCAGCAGCUCCGCAGGAGAUGGCAAACCCUCUUCAACAAAGGGUCCAGAUGGAGUGGUGCUCUACGAGUUGCACAGCAGACCAGAGCAGGAGAAAUUCAACGAGUCUGCCAAGAUGGCGGAACUGGAGAAGCGUCUGGCUCAGCUGGAGAUCGCUGUUGGCUCCGGGUCAGACAAGCAGGGACCUCUUAAUGCUGGUGUACAAGGAGCCAGUUUGAUGGACACCAUUGAGCUCCUGCAGGCAAGGGUCAGCGCACUGGACUCGGCCACACUGGAUCAAGUAGAGGCAAGACUGCAGAGUGUCCUUGGGAAGAUGAAUGAGAUUGCCAAGAACAAGGCAGCGAUUGAAGAUGCAGAAACACAAAACAAGGUGUCACAGCUGUAUGAUGUGGUGCAGAAGUGGGAUGCCGUGUCCACCUCUGUUCCUCAAGUGGUGCAGAGGCUUGUUGCUGUCAAGGAGUUGCAUGAGCAAGCCAUGCAGUUUGGCCAGCUGCUGACUCACCUGGACACGACUCAGCAGAUGAUCAACAACUCUCUGAAAGACAACAACACCUUGCUAACACAGGUCCAGCAGACAAUGAAGGAAAAUCUGGUGGCUAUCGAGGAGAACUUUGCAGCCCUGGAUCAGAGGAUGAAGAAAAUUUCCAAAUAAAGUUUGAAUCAGUCCAAGAGAGAGUAGAACAUGGACAAUAAAUAUUUGGUUAGAGAGCACAGAUCCGAAGUGUUUGGGGUCUAGCGUUGUGCUUUCUGGACGUUCUUCUCUUGCUCAGCCUCCGCCUUUUUUCACCAAAUGGAAUGUUAGAAAGUUGACAAAAUGGGCAAAACAAAAAGGAGACCAACUCAUUUCCUCUUCCUUGCAUAAAACUGAUGUGAUUUGAAAAUCUUUCAUUCCAAACAUCCCGUGAUUGAAGUCUCUCUUGUUCAGCUUAUCAAUUUUUAGACUGGACUGUUUUUAUUUGUAUUCAUAUAGAAGGUUCUUCUGGAGAUUUACACUAAGAGAAUUUGUACUGUAACUUUGGAAUAAAUAAAUGAAUCCCAGUUUGGUUAGAUGACAAAAAAUGUUUGCUCUUUAAUGCAAGUACGACCUAUCGUCCUUUAUUGUGGUAUCAAGAGCAUGUUGGUGUGGGUAUAAUGUGGAAGGAAAGCUUGUAAAUAUGCCCGUGCACCUUAUUGUUUCCUUACACUCGGUUGCUUGUAACUAUAUUAUUAUGACCGGGACACCAGACAAACUUUUAAUCUGCUUUCUCAUUGCUUACAAAUGUUCAUCUGUGGUCACUGAAGCUGAUCAAUAAAUUACACUGUCAUA